CGGGGGCGUGGCGCGGCGCGUCAUGCUCGCCGCCGUGCGCAUGCGCAGACAGCAGGGUAACCCGGCGCGAGGCAGGACGGGGGCCUCGUGCGCGGCGGGGUCAUGGCGAAGAGCCUAAGGAGCAAAUGGAGGAGGAAGAUGCGGGCGGAGAAGAGGAAGAAGAAUGCGCCCAAAGAGCUGGAGAGGCUGAAAAAAAUCCUGGGAACCAACGCGGAUGUCGUCAUGGAGGAGGUCAAGGAGGUGGCGACCGUGCUGCCCCCCAAGAAAGCUCUUGAGCAGGGGGCUGACUGCAAAAUGGACAUAGAUAACAAACGGAACAAAAAAACUCUUCUAGACCAGCAUGGACAGUAUCCAAUAUGGAUGAAUUCCAGACAGAGAAAGAAGAUGAAGGCACAGCGUGUUAAAGGGAAAAAAAAGACAAAAUUAGCCAAAGGCCUAGUUUGGUAAAAUCAGAGCUCCGUAAGAUCAUCGAUAUUUUACUCACAAAAUAAAUGUCCCAAAUAAAUACAUGAUAUUUUUUUGCUUGGCCACCAAGUAUAACUUUCUGUGUUCGUGGACUGUUAGGCUGUUAGACCAGCAAAUGAAAGCAAUGUCAGCUUGGUGUCUGCCAAAGUUGGAAGAAAAAAAAAUUAGAAAAAGCAAGCUGAGUGCCUUUGACCAGACUAAAUGUCUGUGAUUAUCGGUUUUCUUCAGAGUGGAGAGUCUUUGUCUUUUACAUUUGGAACAUGGAAAAUGCUAAAGGAAAUCCUAAGAAUAAUGAAACUGUAAAUGUUUUUUUUUGUGUACUGCAGUCUUUCUCAGUGUAACUUUUCAUUAACCCAAAGAGUUCUGUAAAUUCACCAUAUCCUUUAAAUUCUUCUGUAAAAUUGCUUUUGUUGUGUUGAUCUGUGUUGCUCUUAACAUCCGGUAAUUAAUGAAAACAGGUUUUUAAUGUGUAACUUAGAAUUCUGAGAUUAUACGCUGAAAUCGACACCAAGGCUUCCUGAAAAUUCUGUGUCAGUCUGAAGUACCAAAAAGAAUGUUGCUGGGACAAAGUAGUAUUUCACUGCUGUCUGUAGCUGAAAUAGUGGAAGAAGUAAAUAACCAAAAGUAAAAUUAUUUUGUUAAUAUGAAAGAAUGCAAAUGCACAGAUUGGAAAUAAAAUAGUCUUAUUUAAGAUGUUUUCAGAGUGUUGGUAAAGUAAAUGAGAAUUUACUUUUCCAUCUCUGUGGAAUGUAACAGAUACCAUUUAUAUGUGGUUAGCUGCAGUUGGUUGCAUGUUACUGAGCAAUAACAUGUGAUGACAGAUGCAAGAAUUUUUUGCCCUGAAAGUGUGUGUGUUUAAUUUUAAAGUGUUUCUUCAUUCAAGGAUGGAGAUAAUUACAGUACAGAUCCUGCAGGAUGUUGCCUGCUGAAGUACCCUUCAUUGAUCCAGAGCACCACCUUUGUCCAGCUCCAUCCAGGAUGGGAUCCACAUUCCAUAAAUACCUACAAACUGUGUCUAUUGUGAUAACCUGGGCACAGAAAAUAGGAGUUAGUCUUUUAAAAGUAAUUACACUAGCUUAUACUGUGCUGAGAUCUACUAAGAAUUCAACCUACUAAAGAAUUUGGGGGUUUUUUUCUGGAGAAAUGUGGUUUUUUUAUUGUUACUGCUACGGGAAAAGCAUUCUGUUGCUCAAGUAAAGAACUAAAAAGGUGUUGGAGGAAAUAGCAGUGUGUCUUCUGUUUUCAUUAUAGAUUGAUGGUUAAUGAGACUUGGUAAGAUGCAUAGAUCAAAGUUUACCAAAUAAUAUGCCAUUGAAUAACUUUGUACUUCAAAAAAUUUCCAUUAAGUUGAUAAUAGCCCCACUGAAAACCAGAUGCUUCUUUUUAGUUCUUGUUACACUGGAUGAAGGGGUCUAUAUUUUGGUAUCAAAUACGUUAGCAUUUCAAUUAGUGCUACUUCAAAAUCGGUUCAUAUGGAGGAAAGUGUUCUCUAAGGUUCAUAGUUUUUUUAAUCCAGAAAUUGAAAGAACCUUCAAUUUGUAUUUCUUUACUGUUUUAAUGACAGGGCCGUAUUUUGCUUAAUGAGCAUGUUGGGGGGAGGAGGGAGCUUCUUGGGUGCUGACAAUUUGGAGUUUUUCUGUAGGAACUCUCUUGUUUGUAAAUUUGAUCACUGAUGGGAAAGCAGACUGCUUUUCCUGACCAGAGAUAAUAAAAUUGGCAGUGGACUCCCAUUUCAA